AUGGCAGAAAAGAAUAUCGAAGAGGCUGACUCAUCUCAAAUUGUAGCUUUAUCCUCACCAAAAUCUUUGCAAAGUUUGGUAAAGCCUAAGCUAAUUGAAGGUACUGAUGAAAAUGAUCAUAGCAACCUUCAGAAUACAGCGACUGCCAAUUUUGAGGCGUCGAUGCAGCAAGAACGUCCUAUGAGCCUCAUGUUGACUGACAACAAAAGCAAUUUGCAAGUAAUUUCAUUUGAAGAAAAGGUUCAUGUUGGUGAUUCUAUCAUCCUUCGACCAAACGUAGAAAACAGUGAAUUGCCAUCUACCAUUGAAGUUCCUGAUGGUUUUCCAUCUUCCUCUCUUGAAGCUUAUGAAUCAAAGGAAGCCCAAGGUGAUUCUGUCACAAUGAAAUCGAACACAGUGAGUGCCAAUUUUCAGGCAUCAAUGCAGCAAGAACAGUUAAUGAGUCUCAUAUUGACUGACAACAAAAGCAAUUUGCAAGAAAUUUUAGUGGAACAAAAGGUCCCUGUUGGUGAUACUGUCACCCUUUCACUAAAAGCGGACAAUAGUGAACAUCCAUCCACCAAUGAAGUUCCUGAAGGUUUUCCAUCACCCUCUAGCGAGGCUUAUGAAUCAAAGGAAGCUCAAGGUGAUCCUAUCACAAUGGAAUCUUCAGAAGUAAACGUCUGUGCAGCGUCACAGUCUUUGCUUAGGUUAAGUGAAGGGGUCCAAGAUGAUACUUCUUGUACUGAUUUUGAUAAGGUUACUUGCGAAACACCACCUGCCAUCCUGAAAAAGGUGAAAGAAGAUAAGCCACUGGUUGUGCAUAGAUUGCAUAAGCGCCAAAUGAGCCUAGCAGACACACGACAAAAGGUGCCUGCACCUGUGAGCAGAUCGAGCACCGGGAAGUACUUGAGAACAGAUAAAACUAUUGUUGAUACUACGACCCACAUUGCAUCAGUAAAGGUCGCUGCCUCAAAAUUUGGUGGCAGCAUCAACUGGAAAACUCGCAGAACACAGCCAGCCCAGAGUGGCCAUAUCGCACUUGAGCUUGAUAAGAUGAAGAACGAAAUUUCAGAAUGUAAAUGUCAAGCAGAAGCUGUAGAGGCUGCAAAGUUGUCAGUAUUCAAUGAGCUUGAGAGAACAAGGAAGCUUAUUGAGGAGCUGGAACAUGUCCUGGCGAGGCAACAAGCUGAAGAGGUGGAUGCCAAGGAGGACUUGGAGUUGUUUCAAUUUAUUUUAAAAGAUAUGGAUGAGGGAGCUACCAGUGAUGAUAAUGUUGUGGUAAAGGAGAAAUUGGAGAUUAUCCAAGAAUGGCACGGAGCAUUGGUGGCCAAACUGAAGUUUGUGGAGGAUGAGUCAAGGAAAGUACAAGAAGAUUAUGAAUCUUUAUUGAUCGAACGGGAUAUUUUCAUUAGAAAAGCUCGGGCAGCCUUCAUAUUGUUCAAAGAGGCUGAGAGACAAGUUGAGGAUCUCACUGUACAGCUCAAACAACUGAAGGGCGUGUUGGAUUUGGCUCAUGCCUCAUGCCAUGAUGCUGAAGAACGCAAGAAAGGCACGUCCAUGGUGCAAGAUGAGGAUUGCUUUACAUGGGAUAAGGAUCUUAGGCAAGCAGAAGCGGAGUUGAAUCAAUUCAACAAGAAGUUUUCUUCUUUUGAACAACUGAAAUCAAAGCUUGAUACAGCAUCCAGCUUGUUGCUCAAUCUCAAGAAUGAGCUGGCCACUUGUAUGGAGGCAAACCUAAUUGAGAAAGCACGAGAACAAGAAAGUGAAACUCAUAAAUCCAUGCAAGAAGAAAACAUUUUAUCGAGAAUUGAGCUCGAGGAGCACAAGAGAAGCAUAGCUGAGAUGAGAGAUGAAGUAUGUGCUCUGAAAGUUACUGUUGCAUCGCUCAAAUCAGAGUUGAACAAAGAGAAAGCAACACUUGCCACCAUGCAGCAGAAGGAAGCGAUGGCAUCCAUAACUAUUUCCUCUCUCAAGCUGGAGAUUAAACUGUCACAGCAGGAACUUGAAGCAGUUGAGGCCAAGGAGAAGGAGCGUCGAGAUAGAAUGGUUGGGUUGCCCAAGGUUCUGCAAGAUGCAGCCCAGGAAGCUGACAAGGCUAAGUCUAUUGCUACCAAGGCACAGGAGAAACUAAGAAAGACCAAGGAAGAAGUGGAGCAAGCGAAGGCUAGUCUGAGCACUAUGGAAUUCAGGCUUGAGGCAGUUCUGAGGGAGACAGAAGCAGCGAAAGAGUCCGAGAGUUUGGCACGUAAUGCUCUUAGAGGAUUGGAGGACACCAAUGCUGCAGUAAACAUCGAACAGCAAAGCUCUCCUGAGAUGAUCACGCUUGACUUAGAUGAGUACACAUCUCUGAUUGAGAAGUCCCAUCGGGCAGAAGAGCUUGUGCACGAGAGGACAGCUGCUGCAAUUGCACAAGUUGAGGCGGCCAAGGCGUCCGAGUCAUGCACCUUAUCAGGACUGAACGAAAUCUCCAUGGCCUUGGAAGAACAAAAGCAGGUAUUGCUCGCUGCCACAGAGCAGGCCGACAGAGCCACCGAAGGCAAGCUGGCUAUGGAGCAAGAACUGAGGAAAUGGAGAGAGGAAAAUGGUAAGCGCCGCAAGGCUGGUGAAGCUUCAAAAUCGGAAACCAAACCUUCAAACGCCGUGGAGAUCAUCGUCAAGUGCAGUGGAGACACGAAGUGCGCAAGCAAAGAAGACAGUUGUGCCUUGGUUCAUCCGCUGUCGGACGUGUCCGGGAGGAGCAGCCCUAACGACUUGGCCUUGCAUGCGAAGACGACGAAAGUAAAGAAGGUGUCGUUCUUCCUGCGCAUCAUCACGUUCCUGGGCAGGAGGAGGCAUAAAGCUGCGAAAUAA